CUGGCUGAAUCCGGAAGUGAUCCCCGAGGACCGAGCCGUGGCUGAGGACUCCGGCGGCAGGGCCAGGUUCGGGACCAUGAGCUGGAUUCCUUUCAAGAUUGGGCAGCCCAAGAAACAGAUCGUCCCCAAAACGAAUGGAUAUACCUUGGAAUGAGACUCCAGUGUAUCCCUUGAUCCCCUUAACUGUUGUCCGAAGGUCUAGAAUCCUGGCGCUGCCUGUCUCAGAUCUUUCCCCAGUGGAGGAGGGAGACCUCAGGACCAAGGAGCUAUGCAGGUGAAGCAACCCCUGGCUGGCGCACAGAGGUGGAGAGAGACUUUGAGAGGGAGUAUGGGAAACUCCAGCAGCUGGAGGAGCAGACCAAGAGGCUGCAGAAGGACAUGAAGAAGAGCACGGACGCCGACCUGGCUAUGUCCAAAUCCGCUGUGAAGAUAUCCUUGGACUUGCUCUCCAAUCCCCUCUGCGAGCAAGACCAGGACUUUCUGAACAUGGUGACAGCCCUGGACACGGCCAUGAAGCGGAUGGACGCCUUCAACCAGGAAAAGGUGAACCAGAUACAGAAGACUGUGAUUGAGCCCUUAAAAAAGUUUGGCAGUGUCUUCCCGAGCCUCAACAUGGCGGUGAAACGGCGGGAGCAGGCCCUGCAGGACUACAGGAGGCUGCAGGCCAAGGUGGAGAAGUACGAGGAGAAGGAGAAGACGGGGCCGGUGCUGGCCAAACUCCACCAGGCCCGUGAAGAGCUUCGGCCCGUGCGGGACGACUUCGAGGCCAAGAACAAGCAGCUCCUGGAUGAGAUGCCACGGUUCUACAACAGCCGACUGGACUACUUCCAGCCCAGCUUCGAGUCCCUGAUCCGAGCACAGGUCGUGUACUACUCAGAAAUGCAUCAGAUCUUCGGGGACCUGACCCAGCAGCUUGACCAGCCUGGACACCCUGACGAGCAGCGGGAGCGGGAGAACGAGGCCAGGCUGAGUGAGCUCAGAGCCCUCUCUAUCGUGGCCGAUGACUGAGCCAGCCCCCUCAGACUCCUGGAACACAAGUCAGCCUCUCUAGUCUUUGCCCUUUCCAAGUUAGGCUCUGACAUCAGCCAGCAAAGGGCCCUUCCCUGGGAGAACUGUGGGGAUCGCGGCGGCUCCUGCUCCGCCUCCCCAGCCCUUGGGGAUGAGCCUGGCACCGGGAGCCCCAGGCAGGCUGCCGUCUCCCCACCCGUAGCAAGAGCCCGCAGACAGGUGAGCAGUGUAGAAAACCCAGGGCUGGCUUAGUUCCUAAAGAACCGUCCAAAGGCCAGAGCGUGGGCUUUGUCGCUCCCUUGAGGUCUUAGCCUGGCCUGCACGGUUGGGCUCACAUCUACCUCCAAGAGCCACCUUGGGGAGUCACCGGUCUUGUUGCCUUUCCCCCUCAGGCUCACCUUUUCUGGGAGAGAACCGAGACCCUGCCCUGGGGAACAUGAGAGCUGCGGUCCUCAUUUGGGUCGACUGCAGGGCAGAGCCCCCAGUCUUAGAAAUUCCCUAGGAAACUGGGACUAGAACGCAUGUAAAUAUCCUAUCAUCACACAAAAUGUCACAGGCCUCAGAGCAAGAACAGUGGGUUUGUGUCUCACCUGAAUAUUUGGAAUUUUAUUUUUCCAAGUUGAGAGUUUUCAAUAAAAUUUCCAUGUA